AUACAUACAUAAAGAUCAUUCAAAACGAGAUAUUGUUGGUUGUCGACGUUGCCAAUAAUUUUUUUGUUUUGUUUGAUAUAUAUAUACUAUUCUUGUUAUCAUAUUGUUCGUCAAAACAAUACAAAAUACGUUAUAUACAUGUUUAAAAAGUACAAUAUCCGAACCAAAAAAAGCGAGAAAAAAUUGUUUGUUGUUGUUAUUUUUCUUGGUUUUAUUCGCAAAACAAGUGAGCUUCAAUAAAGAAAAACUGAAAGCUUUACCACAUAGCAUAGAUUUUUUUGCGAAUUUCAACAAAUCGAAGCUGUGACUAAACCGAACCUGCUCAAUACUGUUUUUUAAUACUAGGAAAUGUUGAAAUAUUUUUAAACAUCAACAAAAAAAUUCAUAAAUAAAAUCAACAACUUCGUGUCUGUGGCUUUUUGGCUCUCUAUCCAACAUCGUUUGAACAUAACAUUUGAUACAAGAUGAAUUUCAUAGGUGCCGUUGGUGGUGGUGAUGAUGAUGGUGGUGAGGACAACAAAGAAAAGGCAGAAGAAGAGGAACGAGAACGUCUCGAAGCCAUUCGUGAGGCUGAAGAACGACGAAAGGAAAAACAUAGAAAAAUGGAAGAAGAACGAGAAAAGAUGCGCCAAGACAUCCGAGAUAAGUACAACAUAAAGAAGAAGGAGGAACAAGUAGAACAGCAACCUCAAGAAGAGCCGAAUCCACUGAUGCGAAAGAAAAAAACACCUGAAGAGCUUGCGGCUGAAGCGGAACAAGAGGAUCUAGAUGACUUCACAAAAUUGAAGAACACAAUAGAGAGUCAAGUAAAUGAAAUAAAAACGCAGCUGGAGAGCAAAUGCGUAUUGCAGUGAUAAGGUAACUUGUGAAAGACCGACAGACAGAGAAAACUGAAAUCGUGCACAUAAAUUACCUACUGAAUUAUUUGAACGCUUAACGAUGCAAAUGGAUGGCUACCCUCGAAACAAAUAAGAAGGAAAAAAUACACACAUUUUGGCCAUGAACGAUUGGACGAAGAACAAAAAUUCUACAAAAGACAUUGCCACCCCAUACUCACAUAAACACCCCACAUUCACCAAAUGCAAAGCAAAAAAAUAAUAAAGAAGCAAAAUCGUUUGAAGAGAGAGAAAAAAACUAACUACUCACAAACACACACACACACACAAACAUAUACUCAACAACAAAAAAAGUAAAUAAAUAGUCUUUAUCUAUCAUACAUUCACAAGACAAAAGAAGAAAAAAAACACAUGCAUCCACAGUAAUAUUGUUAUUGUUAUUACUUAUUAUUAUCAUUAAAACUAAUUCAAUAUAUACAACAACAUGAAACUAAAGAAAAAAAAUCAAUAUUAGUGCUAGCGUUUAAGAAACAAACAAAAACAAGAAGAAGAAGAAGAGGAGAAAGAAACAAAUAUAAAAGUAAGAUUUACUAGCAAAGAUAUUUACUGAAUGAAAUGUUGCAUGACGCAUGACAUUUGUGGAAAAAUCUAAAUACAAAAUGAAAAAAAAAUUAAUUAAAGCAAGUUAAAAAAUUGUUGAAACCAAGUGUCAUGGUCAUGUUGUUGUUAUUUUUGCAAAUUACAAGACAAAAACUAAAACUAAAAAUAUUAAUAAAAAAAUUGAACAUAAGAUCUUCAAAUGAAAAACUAAUAUAGAGGUAAAAACACACCCAUAAAAAUUCCUUUGUUUGUUUUUCAGUUUUUAUUGAAAAAAAAAAAAAAUAAUAAUAAUAUGAAUUAAUCGAUUGAGAUAUAGCAUGAAGUCGCAUUGUAAUUUCCAUUCGUUAGAUUUUUGUUUGCAUAAAAUUGUUACACUUGAAGCAGUCCCAGAUCGUGUGAGACGCCAAUUCUUUGUCGUGCGCAUUUAUCGUUUCCUUUGUAUAUAUAAUAUAUGAAUUUAAAAAAAGAGACAAAAACAAAUGAAGAAAACAUGACAAAAAAGGAAUAAAAGUAGUUGUUUUUUGUAAUUAUUUAUUUUGCUAAAAUACCAAUUUAAAAGCUAAAAAUAUAAAGAUGUGGUAAGGAAUAAAAAAAAUACCAUCCGAAGGGAAUGUAAAUAAAGUGAAUCAAAUUGUUACUAGGUGAAAACAAAUAACGGCGCUUAGGUUCGAGAGCGAUGAAUCAUUUUUAAUUUUCUCUCAUUUUCGUUCGUUUUUUGAUCUUGUUUUUUGUGUUCAUUUCUGUUUUACAAUUUUAAAUGGAAACAGACAUUUCCAAGGAGCAAAUAACAGAGAUUUGUUUAAACAAUUUUAUUUUUUGGUGGUGUGCUUCAACAAAAAAAAAAUAUAAUCGAUGAAUAGAAGCGUGAAAUAAGAAAGAGUAAGAAAAAAGACAAUGAAAAAGAGACACGAGAAAACUGAACUUAACGAACUAACAUAUGAAUAGUAAAUACGGAGCAAUGCUAAAUAGACUGGAUGGAAAUCGAAACGAAAAUGAAAUGAAAAUGGAAAAUAGCAAAGAGUAGAAAACAUUGAGCAAAAAGAAAAAGAACUCACAAACAAACGUUGCUUUUAAUCGAAUAUAUCGAUCUGGGUAUAUUUAAUAAGCAAAGUAAAAAAAAGAAACUUAAGAUUCGGUAGAAUUUGAAUAAUUCGGAUUGUUCCUAAAACUUGCGAGUAAAGAUCUUUUGCAUAAUUUGUUUAAUCUUUUUUUGCGAUAGCAGCUCGGCUCAAAGCAAAUAAUAUAGCUGAUUUUUUUUAUUAACCGAGAUGGAAUAUGAGAGUUUGGUCUUUGAAAAGACCAUUUUGUUGAUGGAAUAUUUUAAAUUGAAUGAUUCGUCAUUUUGGUUCGUUAUUAUAAAGUGGAUGUACAUUGUACACAGUAACAAGCUCAUACAACGCGAUACAAUUGUCACUCACACAACGCUGGAAAAUGCAUUUUUAUGUAUUAAACGGCCGACUGAAAUGAUAUGGCCAUGGACUGCGUGCGAUGAUUACAAUGGCCGAUGAUUUGCAGGCAAAAUAAAGCAAUGAUUCAUGACACUUUAGUACGGCAUCACUCUUAAGCAAACCAAUUUGUUAACUGCCGAUGCAUUUCCAAUGAGUCAUUUUCAUUUGGUCCAUUGGACAAAUUCAUUCACACACACAAGAAAAACAAAAAUAAAACUAAAUAUUUGUGUCACUGUGCCCAAGCUCUGUCCAAUGAUAUUUCCACAUUUUCAAUCCAAACAAUGUCCAUAGCAUGAACUGAUAGAAUGCAUUUUAUUCCGAUGAGAAAUGACGAAGAAUAAAUAAACACACAAAAAAAAACAUGUGAAGACAUACAAUAAAAUGAGUGACUUUUAAUUUAUUUUAUAUACCUUAUGAUGAAAAGUAUCUGCUUUUAUGAAAAGCGUAUGUGAUAUUCAGAAGAAAAAAAAAUGUGUAUCUCUGAAAUAGUAAAUGACACUGACUACAAUCAAGUAAAACAAAACCAAAAAAAUAAUAUAAAGUGAAAUUAAAAUAAUAUGCAUUUAAAUUAGGAACACCAAAAAAAACGCUACCAUAUAUACAUAAAACCCACGAACACUUCUCUACCGAGUCUAAAAAUACUUUGUUUAUUUUUAUUUCAAGCUAAAUCAUGAACAGUAUACAAAAAAAUGGAAAGCACAUGAUACUGCAACCAAACUAAAAAAACACACUCACACACUCACAUUUAACAAAUGGAUAACAAACAAAGAAAAUCAAACUGAGGGAAACCAUUAAUUUAUUUUGCUAUUCUUCACUUUUUGCAUUCACUAUUCAUAAAAACUAAUUGCUAAGGAAAUUAGCAGCAGUGACAAACAAAACUGCUCACUCCAAAUGGUCAAAUGCGGCCAUUCUAGAUCUUUUUUCUCAAAACUACUCUCAUACAUCUCACAUUUCCCAUUUUCGAUGUCGGCCAUUUCGCCGUUAUAGCUUUACACAAACCAUAUUCUCAUCUAAAACAUCUAAUUCAUAUCCGGUUUAGUCUAUUUCGUUUUCAAUUCGACACUUCACAUUUAGAAGAAGAGAAAAACAAAUUGAAAAUGUACUAUGUGUUUCGUUUUAUUAUACUGUAUUCAUGCUACUACUAUUUCUACUCACAGUAAACCUAUUUUCGCCAAAAGAAAAAAAAAAGAAAAAAAAUUUCGGUCACAAUUUCUUUCCGUAGUAUCUAAUUUCCAGAGAAACAUCAAGUAGAAAAAUAUAUUUUUCUAAGCAAUAACAACUCAACUAGAGCUGUCUAUCGAAACAAAAGAAAUGAAAAGCAGAUGUGAAAACAAAUGAUAUAGAAAGUAGAAAUGAUCAUCGCACCUUGUGCACAAUUUCACAUGCUUACGUGUAAAUUACAAUUUGAAAGCAUCCAUCUGAAUGACUUUUAUUUUAACACAUAUAUUGUGUGCAUAUCUGUGACUAUCUGACGAAAAAAUAACAAAAAACCAACAACAAACAAACGAUAAAAUCAAUAGAUUAAAGCAUUUUUACUUUGUAGAAAAAUUGCAUUUUGAUUGAUUUAUCACUCAAAUCAUAAAUGUUAUCUACGAUUUUGCAACACACAAUCUCCAUUUUGAGGCGACCAACUGUAAUUUUCACAUUUAAUUGCAUUUCUUUUUGUUUUUGGUUCAAAAUAGUUUCUGAAUGUGGUUUGAUUGUGAAUAAUUACUGAAUAGCACAUAACUACAAACAUAUGUACAUUGAUUGACACACACAACCGUCAGUAAAAUAUAUUUUAGUAAAUUAUUGAUGAAAAAAGAAAGAUAAAAAUAAAAUAAAACUGAUUAGUACUGAUCAAAGCAAUAUAAUAAAACGAUCGAAAGGAUCAUGUGGACAUUAUUUUAUUUUUCUAUUUCUUAUUACUAUUUGAAGCUAGACAGUGGUCACAACAGAAAAACAAACAUACAAAUAUCUAUAGAGUCUAAUGAGUGAAGUAGCUAAAAUAAAAAAAAAAUGAUGAAAAAUGCGGAACACAAAACGAAACUAGAAUUAAAGCCAAAGAUGAUGAAUGGGAAAUUUACAAACAAAAGAAACACAAUGAGAUGAAAAAAAACGCAACUUUCAAAUUGCGAUCAGCCUAAAAAGCUUUCACACACACAUACAGACACAAACAGACAUACAGUAACUAAAGUUAGCCACUAUUUUUUAGAGGACUUUAAACUUAACUUAACAAAGAAUGAUUGAAAGUGUCAUAUUUAGAAAAAUGCAAUUUUCGAGUCAAUUCCUAACUAAAUAAUUCAGUACAUCGAGAGCAAUUUUACAUUUUAUGAACAAUCCAAAGAGAAACAAGAACAAAAACAAAUUUAAAAAACCUCACUCGUACUCAAAGCAACACAAAAUGAACAAAUAAGCUAAAGCCAAUCCAAUGUGAAGCAACAAACACAACGAAUGACUUCAGAACUAUGUGAAUUUAGAUCGUUUAACAGAAAUAUAAGAAAGGAACAAAAAACAAACGUUUGCCAAAAAUAAUAAGAAGAAAAAUGCAUUUCAUUGCGCCAAUUCUACGAAACAAACCACGUUAAGUUUGUUGAAAUCGUGAAAUCAUGACAUCAGGGAGCUUCCUGGUGAGAUCAGAUCAAUCCAUUUCUGGUCUCCCCGCUCAUGCAUAUUUUUUGUGCUAAGUUUCACGCAUAUGCACAAACUAUGUUUCAAAACUAAAAAAAAAUAUCAAAAAUAACAACAAAUAAAGGAUAAAAUCCUACGCAAACGAAACAAAAACAAAAUAAAACCAAUGAAAUAAAAAAAGGGAAAUCGCAGCACAUAUCACACACAAGAUUGUUCAUAAAAUUUACGCGCCAAGACUCGAAUACUUUUCAGAAUCACUAAACAAAUACAAUUUAUUUUUCUCUGCUCUAUCUCUCAACUCAGUUGUUGCAAUUAGGGAACGUUAAAAGUAAUCGUAUAGAGAAAUGAACAUUCUAACAAACCAACUGAAAUGAUAUACACACACAAACAAAGACAAAGACACUGUUUUAUAAAUAUUAAGCUAAAAACAAGAAGCAAACAGAAAUGGAAUGCACAUGAGUUUCUUCGAUGUUUUUCUGUUUUGACUAACACAACUAAUGGAUAGUGACUUACUUAAUAUGGAAUAUUUCAAUGCAAAACCACGAAAUGUGCAUUUUCUUUUGUUUAUUCUCUCAAAUGUUAGUUGAUGUUUUUCUUUGUGUUUUAUUCUUUCGAUUUUCAAUUUUUUUUUUCUUCACUUUGCAUAUUCUUCUUCUCUUUUUUCUCUCUCAUUCUAUUUAUGUCGUUCCCUUUAACGAAUGGGACAAUAAAUACAGACACAUAUAAACGAAAUAAUAAAAUGUAUGUCCCUUCUCCACUGUAAAUUGUUGAAAUUUUCAGGAUCACAUGUCGAUCUCGCUUUGUUAUUUUGUAGAAUUUAUUACACACAUACACACACACACAUUUGCCCACACUGGGAAAAUGUUGGAAUUAGCGGUAGCAAUAAAAUCUAAAUUUUAAAUUUAAACAUGCAAGCAUAUAUUGCUUAACUACAUAGUGAACAGGAAUACAACAAAAUAAAACACAACACAUUUUAGUAUUGUUAUAUAUCUCUCUUAAACUAUUUGAAACCAAAACACGAAACAUACAAAAAAUUAGAAGAAAAAAAAUUGUCAAAAAAAAAACACUUAUGGAAAGUUACUCAAGAUUGAUAUAGAACAAAUAAUUAUCCUCUCGCAAACUUCUUGCUCUUCUAAAUCCGGAGUUUUACACACAUAAUUGUGUUCUGUGUGAUGCUAUUUACCAUCACAUGUUGAUGAAGACUUUCCAAAACACGAAAAUGUUCUCGAAUUUAUUUUGCUUUCUCCCCUUUUUCUCUGCUUUAGUACAGUCACACCAAAUGUAGUUUAAAUUAA